GAAAAUAUUUCCUCUCUCGGUCUCUCCCCAAACUCCCAAUCCCAGCUGCUCUGAUCUAUAUUCUCUUCCUCUGCUUAAAAACCUCCCGCAAAACCACCAUCUUCUGGUGGUAUCACCACCCCUCUUCGGUGGCGCUUCUUCCAUUGCGGAUUAUCAAUUUGGGGAUUCCGACAACCUCUCCUCUGCCGGUGCUAUUCUCGGUGUUACGACAGUGUGGAAGAUGAUUUAUACGGCGAUUGAUACAUUUUACUUGACGGAGGAACAGAUAACAAACUCGCCGUCGAGGAAAGAUGCUAUAGACGAGGAAACAGAAACCACUCUCAGGGUUUAUGGCUGUGAUCUCAUCCAAGAGAGCGGCAUUCUCCUAAAACUACCUCAAGCUGUUAUGGCAACUGGCCAGGUUUUGUUCCAUCGUUUUUACUCCAAAAAGUCAUUCGCGCGCUUUAAUGUGAAGAGAGUAGCUGCCAGUUGUGUGUGGCUGGCAUCAAAACUUGAGGAGAGUCCAAGGAAAGCCAGACAAGUUCUUAUCGUUUUCCAUCGAAUGGAAUGUCGAAGGGAGAAUUUACCCGUCGAACAUUUGGAUCUUUUUUCUAAAAAAUAUUCGGAGUUGAAGAUGGACUUGAUAAGAACAGAAAGACAUCUCCUCAAAGAAAUGGGUUUCAUAUGUCACGUUGAGCACCCGCAUAAGUUCAUAUCCAACUACCUCGCCGUCCUUGAUGUGAAAGAAAAUCCAGAGUUGAGACAGGACGCUUGGAAUCUAGCAAAUGACAGUUUGCGUACUACUCUAUGUGUGCGCUUCAAAAGCGAGGUGGUCGCUUGUGGAGUUGUCUAUGCUGCUACUAGAAGGUUUGGAGUGCCCCUUCCUGAGAAUCCACCAUGGUGGAAGGUCUUUGAUGCAGAUAAAUCGGGCAUUGAUGAAGUAUGCAGAGUUCUGGCUCAUCUUUACAGUCGUCCAAAGGCCCAGUAUAUACCUGUCUGUAAGGAGUCGGCUUCCUUCACAUCAUCCAACAAGUCUUGGGAUUCACAGUCUACAGCAGUGCCCAAAGAAGGUUCGCUGAAUACACCAGUGGCCAGUGUUGAUGCUAGUGUGACAAAGAUGGUUUCAGGUGCUUCAGCUAAUGCAGAAUCUGGUGGAUCCAAAGACGCACUUGUAAAACAAGCACUUGACAAGCUGAAAGAUUCUAAGAGAAGUGAUGACGAGUCCAAGGACAUAACAACUGACGGUGAAGGAAGAGAUGACUCCAUGGUUAAGUCGAAGCCUGAAAUCAGAACAGAAACUAGUGGAGAGAGAAACAGAGAGACAGAGAGGGACAGGGAUAGGGAUAGGGAUAGGGUUAGAGACAGAGAAAGAGACAGAAUCAGGGAAAGACAGAAAUCCCGGGAUCGUGAGAGGGGAAGAGAUUCCGACAGGGAAAGAGAACGAGAUGAUACUGAACGGGAGAUAGCAAUGGAAAGAAGCCACCGAUCCAGGGAUAAAACCAAGGAUCUCGGAGGUCAUUCAGAUAAAUCAAGGCAUCAUUCUUCUCGAGACCGAGAUCGUGAUUUCCAUGCUUACUCAGCUAGGGAUAAAGAUCGCUACAGACAUCAUUCGAAACCAUAGUUAAGAUCUAUCUGCUGUUGUACCAAGUGUUAAAAAUGUAUAGCAGAAACGUUUCUACUGUUUAGCAGAUGUGUUUGAUGUCUGGAUUUGAUAGAGAUUGAUAAAGAUAAAAACAUUGGUACCUAAUGGGAUGUCGUUGAGAUGACUGUCUACUGAAUCACGAAAUUUGGAUGGUUUUUCGGAA